GUCGGGUCAACCACGGGGUUGUCAAUCGAAAUGAACACGCGACUCCUCUAGUUCGAGACGACAAUGAUUGUGCUCGUCCACGGGGAUGUUCUCGUUUUGGGUUUUCGGCCGCUGCGACGUCGGUCGACGCCGUCGUAAACACAGUGACAUUUCCAGUAUUUUCCGGAUCGGUUUCCAGUUCGGGGUAUCUUGAGUGUUGGUGUCAGUGGUUCGCGUUACUGUCUGAACAGAGUCGACCGUUAUGAGUGCCCUAACUCCUCUGCCGGAUUCUGACGACUCUGCACAGAGUUCGUCAUGAUGGAAAAUAUUGGAAAAAUGAUCGAACAGCAGCAGCAGGCACUAGGUGAGCAAACGAUCGAUUCUCCAGACAGCAGUGCGCACGCGUUGAUGCAUGCCGGUGGCAUGGAGACUCAGGUCGUCCGUAUGAGGCUCGUAUCACGCGCUGUUGUUGAAAGGCGUCUCGUUAAACAAGAAGAGGCUGAUGGCCCAUUAUCCGUCAUUGUACAACCCCAAGAAGAGUCAAGGGACUCGGAGCUACUCAGUCCCGGAAAAUUAUCACCCAACUCGGUGACUGUGGCAAACAUGAUAGAUAACAAUGACUACCGCACCUUGAAUCCUGAACCUACCUACCAAACUCUGACUUCGGUAAACGGCAGAAUGUCUCCUCCAGGCUACAGCCCGAGUUCUUCUUAUGCCACCCUGACUCCGCUGCAACCCUUACCACCCAUAUCAACCAUGUCAGACAAGUUUGCUUACGGACACGCAAGCAACGUGACUGGUUCCUUCACGGUCAUGCAGAACAACAGCAUAGGUGGAAUCAACCUGGGACUUGGAGUAGGUGUCAGUGCUAGCACCCCUUAUACCAUGACCAACAUGGGAAUGACUCCUCCGCACAACUACUCCUCUCCAGGAAUGGGAAUGCAGCAGCAGUCAAGCCCUAUAAGUCCGCAGAGUACGUAUAGUCAAAACGGUUUAACGUCGCCCCAGAAAAGUAUGUCUCCCCCCAGUUAUGACUCGCCAUAUGGCAAUCAAAGAGACAUGGUGCCCCGGUUACACAGUCCCCAACUCAGUCCACCAUCCGCAUCCCUAAACUCUCCUGAUGGCACACUCGUUACCAGUUUUAGUUCAACCAAUUUAAACGGACUUGGUCUUCAGAAUCACCCACCGACCUUAGUGCAAAUCGCACCGCCUCAAAGAGACUGUUCCCCUUCGCCUCCCGUCGUUACCCUCCAAGCAGCGCCUGUGGUGUCGCAGCACCAGCAGCAACAGCAGCAGCAGACGAUGCAAAUAUCGACAAAGAAUUCCAGCCCCAGUUCUCUAAACGUUCCUGCCAUCGCCGCCGAUGUCGAAGAAAUCAACACCAAAGAACUAGCCCAGAGGAUAAGUGCUGAGCUGAAGAGGUACAGCAUACCCCAGGCUAUAUUUGCCCAACGGGUGUUGUGUCGAUCUCAAGGUACUCUUUCAGACCUUCUACGGAAUCCGAAACCUUGGUCGAAGUUGAAAUCGGGUCGAGAGACGUUUAGGAGGAUGUGGAAGUGGCUUCAAGAACCGGAGUUCCAGAGGAUGUCGGCUCUUAGACUUGCAGCUGCGCAGAUACCCCAACGAGGCAGUUGCAAACGGAAAGAGGAUCCUUCGACCAAUUCGGAACAACUUCCUACCCCCAAGAAACCGAGACUAGUUUUUACAGAUCUCCAACGACGUACCCUACAAGCUAUUUUUAAGGAAACGAAAAGGCCGUCGAAAGAGAUGCAAGUGACGAUUGCGAGACAGUUGGGUUUGGAGCCGACGACAGUGGGGAACUUCUUCAUGAACGCGAGGAGGAGAUCGAUGGACAAGUGGAAAGACGAGGAUCCGAAAGCCGCGGCUGCGGCGCUACUUCACCAGCAGAUGUCGCCAGGAAUGGAUCACGAUGACUUAGAUCAGGACGGAGAUAUGGACAAUGAUAUGGACGAUCAUGAUGAUGUCUUGUGACAUGCGUUCCGUGAUCGACAUUUGUUAUUGCUGUGACACUUUGUUUAAGUGUAGCGUUUUUAGAACAAUUAGUAUAGUGUAGAUCCAACAAUUGUGUAUUUGACCUACCGAGAGUAUUGGAUUUUUAUAUUUUGCAUCGUCUGAAAUUUACAUUGAGACAAUCUUCGAGCACGAUGAUAUAGUUAGUUUUGUUGUUAUUGCUUCGAUAUGUUCGGCAUCUAAUGGGACAUAAUUUCUAUUUAUUUCAACUGUAGCUUUCAUCUUAUAUUCGGGAGUCAUACAACACCUGUUUUUCAGUAUGUCUUCAUAUUGAGACAUUGAAAAGAAUAAAAAACGAAGUUUCAACUUUGUCAGAUACAAAGAAGAUCAGAUUUUAGAAACUGUAUUUAGAAAGAGUGAUUUUUUGCGUUUUCUUUCUUCACUCAAUUAUAUCAAAGUUAAAUAGGAAUAUUGUUCACUAUGUAGCAGGUACUAAUUCAUACCGAUACAUUUUCAUCAAGAAUUUUAUUUGGAAUAUUUAAUCGGAUUUUUUAGAUUUCGUACCGAUUGAAAUGAACCUACAAUAGAUUAUUCAUUGAAUUGCAUCUUUUAGGAUACAGGAAUCAAAUUCACUCAUAAUAUGAAAAUUUUCGGCUGUCAAAUUUCUCAAAACCAAAAUUAAGGUCCAAAAGUGUAAGCAGGUGCUGUAUGGAUAUCAGAAAAGUGUAUCAAUCACUCUCUAUGAUUUUAUAAAAAUGACAUCAGGACUGCUUGGAAGCAGUUUUGAUUUUCAGGUGAUGAAAGUACUACCAACAAAGCUCAUCUUAUACUUUCAUACAUAUUUAUUAUUUUAUAUAAUUUGUUUCUCAAUUCAUAACUAAUUCAAUCGGAAUUUGAUCACGAGGGAUAAUGUUUAUUUCAUAAGACCACAAAAAACAUGAACCCUUUUGUGAAUUCAUCAACAUCAUUAGACACGUCAACUAAUUUUCGAUUUGGAAUAGGCUGCACCUGUCGAUUCUGAAGAGAAAAUUGUGUGUACCCACAUAUUCCAAGGAGUAGAUUACAACUCUGAAAGAAAAACUCUUUUCUCUCUUUUAUUUCCACAGUUACAGCCCUCCAAACGUCCGAAACUUAUCAGUUUUCUUUUUGUACAAUAUAGACUAUAGGAUGAAUUCGAAAUCUACCUGUCAAAAUACGUAAG